UUAGAGAAACACAAGUGAAGAUGCAAAUAUAUGUUGAAAAAGAGGCACCAAAAUCGUCUCUCGUUUAAUGAAACUGAGUCUAGUGAAUUUGAUUCAUCUAAUCAGUCGCGAGUGCAAAAAUUUCUUUGCCAAUUCAGAAAAAUAACCUGUGAACUAUUGAAAUUAGUUGCAGGAUUUCUCUGUUAGCAUGAUUUCAUUCAAUGGUUAUUUUGUAUGUUGAGUGCUCUUUCGUCUUUGAUAAUGUCGGUAAUAACAAAGUCAGUGCGCGGAGUUUGAAGAAAAUAAUGGCGAAGUGGUAGAUAUAGCCUAGCUGAUAGAGAAGCGAAACGAUUUUUUUUAUGAAAAAGUGUCGUAAAGCGGCAGUGGCGCUUCAGAAAUGGCGAAUAAAGAGUGAUUUUCAAGCAAACGAAAUUGAGUACGUACUAAAUUAAAAAAAAAAAAACAAAGAAAAAAAACAAGUUGAAAACAGAAGAAAGGAAAUCAAGUGUCAUAUUGUGAAUAAUCCACCUAAAUAGGUAUAUCUUGCUGAAUGUGGUGUGUUUACUUAGCGAUAAUAAAGUGUAAACAAUGAUAUUUGAUGUUUAGUGACGUAAUUUCAUUACUUGUGUAGUUUAAUUCUGGUUUCAAUAUUCAAUCGCUAUCAAGAAGCAGAAAGUUGUAUUUAUAGAAACCAAACGCAACAGUCUUAGUAUAAGAAGAAUACUAUAAAAUAUUCAUAACCAAUACCAAAAAGAUGGAUGCCAAAGCAGCUAAUACAGCACCUACGACAUAUUCUUCGACGCCGCCUUACUCGAAGGGGGCUCGAACGUCGCACCAGUAUUUUAGCCUUAGAUGGAAUAAUUACCAAUCUAAUAUGACGUCAGUUUUUCACGAACUCUUGGAGACGCAGUCCUUCGUUGACGUCACACUUGCAUGUGAAUAUAAUUCACUGAAGGCACAUAAGGUGGUGCUUUCGGCAUGUUCAGCAUAUUUUCAAAAAAUUCUACUAGACAAUCCUUGUAAGCAUCCAACCAUUAUUCUACCAUCAGAUAUAUGCUUCUCCGAUUUACAAUUCAUCAUAGAAUUCGUGUAUCGGGGAGAAAUCGAUGUAUCGGAAGCUGAAUUACAGAGCUUACUACGAACUGCAGAGCAGCUAAAAAUCAAAGGAUUAUGUGAAGUUAGUGAACCCCAAUACGAACAGGAUUAUUCACCAUCCGUCAAACGCUACAAACCAUACCGUUCACGAUCACCAGACAAUCGUCAUCCACCACCUCCGGGUUCACAACCAUUGUCGAACACUAGAAAUCUUCAAUCUUCUUCCUCGCAAAGCAACAUUAACCAAAGUGGACAGGAUUCCAAAAGUGGCCAUAAAUCAUCAUCCGGCAGAAGUCACAACAGUAAUUCAGAAUCGGCUACGGCUGAUAAUGGAUCAUCGCCUGUAGUUGUUUUAGAAUCUCGUGAUUUAACCUCAACACCAGACAAAGAACGAAAAGGCAAAAUGACCAGCCUUGGAAUGGGAGUUGGAAUAAAUGGCUCUGUUAUGGGCGUUCCAAUGGGAUACUUGGACUUUGCUCCUGAGCCUCCGGCUCCAACGGCAACACCAGUGACAGAGCAUCAUGAUAUUAACUGUGCCCCUAGCCAUGACACACGUGAUCUGUCCAGUAAGUAUUCGAUUUCAAAUAAUGGCGACAUUCGGGUAAAAUUUGAAACACUUCGGUCAUUAGAUGCACAGGAUGCAAUCCAACUAGACAACCAAGUGACCCAUCAAAUGCAUACCCAAACGCAGCAACAUAUACAGCACCAGCAAAUCCUCCACCAGCAACAACAACAGUCGCAUUUAUUGCAACAACAGCAGCAAAUCCACCGACAAACACCUCAACCGCAGCAGAUAGAACAACGUCUAUCGCCUCAUCAACCUUCUCAACAACAACCACCACAGCAUCAUCAGCACGUCCUACUGAUUGAUCAGCAAUCGCAACACUCCCACCACUCUACCCACAGUCCUGCAUCAAAUGCUUCCAGUUCGUCUAGCCAACACCACCCAGAAAACCUGGUAACUGUCGCUUCCACCACUUCCGAUAACGGUACGCCAGUGGAAAUGAAAACGAGAAUUGCGUUAAAACAAGAGAUUAUGACUGAAGUUGAGCAACAAACACAUCAACAAACACAUCAACAACAACAGCAACAACAACAGCAACAACAACAGCAACAACAACAGCAACAACAGCAGCAACAACAACAACAACAACAACAACAACAACAACAACAACAACAACAACAACAACAACAACACCAACACCAACAGCAGCAGAUGGAAAUCGAACAAGAUCAAUCAUCUAUGCAUGGAAUGGUUGUUACUCCAGAGAUCUCCGGAAUGAUGAGCCAGAGUCAAAUGAGUGAUAUUUAUCAAUCAGAUGCUAGCGAGGAUUCAAAAGUUGGCAUUCUGGAUGGAUCGUCCACGCAAUAUACAAAUUUGACGAGUCCUAAUGCAGGUGACCCCAAAACACCAAGUGGCCCAAAAACAUGGACGGCUGAAGAUAUGGAAUCGGCGCUAGAGGCUCUUCGCACUCACAAUAUGAGUUUGACGAAGUCUAAAAAAAAAAAAUUAAAGGCUUCUGCGACGUAUGGUAUACCGUCAACGACUCUAUGGCAGAGAGCGCAUCGACUUGGUAUAGACACGCCUAAGAAGGAAGGACCGUCCAAAACAUGGAAUGAAGACUCACUGAAUAGCGCUCUGGAGGCUCUUCGUACCGGUACGAUAUCGGCCAAUAAAGCAUCGAAAGCAUUUGGCAUCCCGUCUUCCACACUGUACAAAAUUGCCCGACGCGAAGGAAUCCGAUUGGCGGCCCCUUUCAAUGCAGCCCCCACAACAUGGUCCGCGGAGGAUCUAGAUCGUGCCUUGGAAGCUAUCCGUGCUGGCCAGACUUCGGUACAGAAAGCAAGUACAGAAUUUGGCAUCCCGACUGGUACUUUGUAUGGUCGUUGCAAACGGGAAGGAAUCGAACUGUCCCGAUCAAAUCCGACUCCCUGGUCAGAGGACGCAAUGAUGGAAGCCCUGGAAUCUGUAAAACAAGGACAUAUGUCGAUAAACCAAGCUGCCAUCCACUACAAUCUGCCCUAUAGUUCGCUCUAUGGUCGAUUCAAGCGUGGCAAGUACGACACACCAAACAGCGCUAAUUCGUCACACUCGAACCACGGUGGAGGAGGUGUUGGCGGAGGUGGUAACGUCGGCGGCAUCGGAGGCAUUGGAGGCAACGUGGCGACGUCAGCGGCGACGAUGGCCGGCGUUACCAGCAGCCCACAGAUGGAAUUUAAAAUAGAACCUCAACAUAAUGAACAUAGUCCAGAAAACACGCAACAUUAUAAUCCUGCGCUAACAACAUCACUAACAACGUCGUCCGUGCCGCCUUCGAAUCAAACCCACCACAUCGUACCGUCACCAUCGCCAGUCAAUAUCCACAUCAUAAAUUCUAAUCAUCACCACCAUCAGCUGCAGUCGACUCCGCCGCCGCCACAUCAAGCAGUAGCAACAUCGCAUCACACAACAUUGCAAGGAGGGCAACCGCAGCUAAUCCAGCAUCACAUCAUUCCACAGCAGCACCACAUCAUCUACCAACAGCCGCUACAGCAGCUGCAACAGCAGCCGCAAUACCAUCCAAUGUAUCACAUUAUCAAGCAAGAGAACGAUAGAAGUUGAAACUAUCGAUAUCCUGCAACUUCGCCGUCGCAAGUAUCCUCUGCGUCGCCAUCGCCGUCGUCGUCAUCGUCAGCGGUAACGCCACAAACAGCAUCUUCCACGAAUUAUGGCGGCGUACAGCAAAGUUUGCAGCACUUGCACCACGUGUAUCACUACCAUCAGCAGCAACAACAGCAUCAUGCUCCUUCGACGACUUCUCUUUCUUCUCUGUAUUAUUGCAACGAUAGCACCAGUAGGGCAUUGAUUCCUUCCAUUGCUCAUCCUGUUGCAUCUGUGCCGGAUCGCCCUGGUAGGCAACAUCAGCUGAUGUCACCAGCAAUGAUCAAUGCGCAUGAUUGUUCAACGGAAAAACGUGAAAGCACUGCGGAUUACUACUGUCAGUAUCCAGUAGCAAGUCAAAAUACAUUCAAUGAGGAUCAUUGUAAUACCUCCUCGGUUAUCGGACGUGAAGAAAGGAAGCCUCGAAGAAACAGUCAAACAGCAUACGGUGAGCAUGCUGAUGUGGGAAAUGCAUGUGGUGAAGCGCGAUCUCGAGCGCGAUACAUCAAAAUUAGGAACGAUGAAGAUAAUUAUUACAAUGAUAACAAUAAUAAUUGUAACGAUAAUGGAAGCAGUAAUAGUAGUAUUCGAAUUGGAAAAGUAAA